AUGGAGCGGGACGAGUAUCGGCGCUGCGGGAAGGAGCUGGUGGACUACAUCGCCGAAUACCUGGGCACGGUGCGGCGGCGCCGGGUUUACCCCGUUGUGGAGCCCGGGUACCUGCGCCCCCUGAUCCCGGCCUCCGCCCCCCGGGACCCAGAGCCCUGGAGCAACAUCUUCGCCGACGUCGAGAGGCUCAUCAUGCCCGGGCUCGUCCACUGGCAGAGCCCGCACAUGCACGCCUACUACCCCGCACUCAACUCCUGGCCGUCGCUGCUCGGGGACAUGUUGUCGGACGCCAUCAACUGCAUAGGAUUCACCUGGGCCUCAAGUCCCGUCUGUACUGAGCUGGAGAUGUGCGUGUUGGAUUGGCUGGUGAUGAUGCUGGGUCUCCCCAAUCACUUUCUGCACCAUCACCCCGAGAGCCGUGGAGGGGGAGUGCUGCAGAGCACGGUCAGUGAGUCCACGUUGAUCGCCAUGCUGGCUGCAAGAAAAGCCAAGAUCGCUGAACUGCAGUCCGAUGACCCCAGCGCAGAUGAAGCAGUACUCGCCUCCCGACUUGUUGCAUAUGCCUCUGACCAGGCUCACUCGUCAGUACAGAAAGGAGCUCUUAUCACUUUAGUAAAACUCCACUUACUGGAUACUGAUGAGGACUUCUCUCUGCGAGCAAAGACCCUGAGCCAAGCAUUGGAAGCUGAUCGAAGACGCGGGCUUGUUCCAUUCUUUCUCUGUGCCACAUUGGGAACAACUGGUGUGUGUGCCUUCGACUGUCUGAGCGAGCUCGGACCCCUCUGUGCCCGGGAAGGUCUCUGGCUUCACGUCGAUGCAGCGUACGCAGGAACGGCCCUGGUGUGUCCUGAGUUCCGCCGCUUCCUGCGGGGCGUGGAGUACUCGGACUCGUUCACGUUCAACCCCGCCAAGUGGAUGAUGGUUCACUUUGACUGCGCGGCCCUCUGGGUCCGAGACCAGUGGAAGCUGCAGCAGACGUUCGGGGUGAACGCCGUUUACCUCCGACACGCCAACUCGGGAGCGACAGUGGACUUCAUGAACUGGCAGAUUCCGCUGAGCCGCAGGUUUCGAUCGCUGAAGCUCUGGUUUGUGAUCCGCUCGUUCGGCGUGUUGGGUCUGCAGGCGCAUGUCCGGCAUGGUACUGAGAUGGCCAAGUAUUUCGAGUCCUUGGUUAGAAGUGAUUCACAUUUUGAAAUCCCAGCCAAAAGACACCUCGGGUUGGUGACUUUUCGUUUAAAGGGACCAAACAGUCUGACUGAAGAACUCCUGGCAGAACUCACCCAGUCGGGCACCAUGUACCUGGUUCCAGCCACCAUCCACCAGCUCGUCAUCAUCCGCUUUACCAUCACUUCUCAGCAAACCACCAGUGCCGACAUUCUGCGGGACUGGAACAUAAUCCAGCAAAGCGCAGCCAAAAUCCUGAAGAAAAGUCCCCAACAUCAUUUGGCUUCCUGAGCAAUGGAGUGGGGUGUGCCAGGUUGUGGCAAGAUAUCAUGGGUAAGGGAGUGGUAAUGGGACAUUAGAACAUAGGAAAGAGGAGCAGAAGAUGGCCACCCUUCCCUUUAGGUUUUCCCCACCACUGAUCAUCAUUUCUACCUCCACCAUCCAGCAGUAUCCCCAUAUUCCUCAAUCCCCACAAUAUCCAGGAACCUAUCAAUCUGUGUUUUGAAUGAAUUCAAUGAACGAGCAUCCACAGCCCUUCAGGACAGAAAAUUCCAAAUAUUCAUUAUCUAUUAAAAAGCUUCUACUCAUCUCAGACCUAAAUGGCCUACCCCCGCUCCUCAACUCCUCUGUCAUCUUCCCUGCAUCUGGAGAGAGCAGACCAAAUCUGCACACAAUACUACCGAUCCAGUCUCACCAAGGUCCUGUACAAUCACAGCAAGACUCCUGUGUUCAAAUCCUUUCAUUGUAAAGGCCAACAUAUUGUCUGCCUCCCUAGUCACUCGUGCUGGCCUUCAGCGAUUUGUGUGCAAGCACCCACCCAGGUCUCCAGCAUCAACAUCACUCUCUUGCCAUCCAACAAAUGUGCUCCUUUUCUGUUUUGUUCACCAAUGAGCUCACAUUUUUACAUAUUCCACGCAUCAACCCAUGCGGUAUCACUAGUCACAGCAAAAAACAAGACGCUGGAGGAACUCAGUGGGUCAGGCAGCAUCUGUGGAGGGAGAUGGACAGUGGACGUUUUAGGUCGAGACCCUUCAUCUGGACUGGGGAUAGUAGGAUGUCCCCAUUAGUCACAGCCUGCCACACUGAGAAGGAUCUGUUUAUUCCCACUCUUUGCUUCCUGUGCAAUACUCAAUCCAUGUCAGUACAUUAACCCCAACCCCGCGCGCUCCACCUCAUUCACUAGUUCUGUGUGGGACCUUACUGAAAGUCUUCCGGUUCACAACCACAGGUUCCCCUUGUCUGUUCUGCAAGUUACAUCCUCAAAGAGUUCCAGCAGAUCUGUCAAACAGAAUUUAACUUUCCUAAAUCCUUUCAUUCUCUUCAAGAUGUUCUGUUAUCACAUCCUUCGUUACAGAUUCCAGCACUGGCCCCUGCACUGACAUUUGACCGACAGGUUGGUGGUUCCCCAUUUUCUCUCUCCCUCCUUUCCUAAAUAACGGGGUCACAUCUGCUCCCCUCCAAUCCACAGGAACAACCGCAGAACCGUAGGAUCUUGGAAGAUGACAACUGGACUGGAUGGUAUCUUCACAGCCGCCUCUUUGAAACCUGGGAUGUAGAUCGUUGGGAUUUAUUGGCCUUCACUAACUUCUCCAGUGCUACUUUUUGUUACCAAUAUUUAAUUCUUUGCCAGGCCCUUGAUUCUGUAAUGUUUCUGGCAGAUUUUGGGUGUUUUCUUUCACAACAGAUGCAAAGUACUUGUUCAAUUCCUCUGCCAUUUCCUUAUUCCUCAUUAUAAAUUCUCCAUCUCUGUCCGUAACUUUUUAUUGCUGUUCUUUUACAUCUUUUCCUUUUUGUAUUCCUAUAAAAGUUCCAUCUCUUGUUCCUCACCAGUCCAUUUGACCUUGCGUUUUUAUCAGUUUCUUUGUCCUCUUUUGCUGAGGUUCUGAAAUGACCCCAAUCCCAUUUCCCAGGUUUACUGUUGUUACUGGCAAUGUUAUAAGCCUCUUAACAUAGAACAGUACAGCAUAGGAAUAGGCCUUUCAGCCCACAAUGUCUGUGACGACCCUGUCACCAAAUUAAACUAAUCCCAUCUGCUUGCACAUGGUCUAUAUCCCUCAGUCUGCUGCCUGUUCACAUGCCUGUCUAAAACCCUUUUAAAUGUUGCCAUGUAUCUGCUUCCACCAUCUCCCCUGGCAGAACAUUCCUGGCACUGACCACCCUCUCUGUGUAAAAAAAUUGCCUCAUAAAUCUCAUUUAAACUUUUCACCUCUCCCCUUAAACCUAUGUCUCUAGUAUUUGGCAUUUCCACUCUGGGGGAAAAAGACUGACUAUCUACCCUAUCUAUGCUUCUCAUGAUUUUAUAAAUUUCUAUCAGGUCACCUCCUCAGCCUCUGACACUCCAGAGAAAACAUUCCAGGUUUGUCCAACCUCUCCUUAUAGCUAAUACUCUCUAAUCCAGGCAACAUCCUGGUGAACCUCUUCUGCACCCUCUCCAAAGCCUCCACAUCCUUUCUCUAAUGUGGUGGCCAAAACUGCACACAAUAUUCUAAUUAUGGCCUAACUAAAAGUUUUAUACAGCUGCAACAGGACUUCCAAAAUUUCCUCUUACAUUUGACUUCCUAAAGUGCAAGACCUUACACUUAUCCAGAUUAAACUGCAUCUGCCAUUUCUCCACCCAUAUCUGCAACUGAUCUGCAUCCCACUGUGUUCUUUGACAACCUUCUUCACUAUCCACAACUCUUCCAACUUUUGUGUCAUCUGCAAAUUUAUUAAUCAGCCCACCUAUAUUUUUGUCCAAUUCAUUUACUGUAUAUAUAUUUCAAACAAGAGGUCCUAGUACUGAUCCCUGUGGAACAGCACUGGUCACAGACCCCCAGUCAGAAUAGCACCCCUCCACCACUGCCCUCUGUCUUCCGUGGCCAAACCAGUUUUGAAUCCAAUCUGCCAAGUCAGCAUGGAUCCCAUGCAUCUUCACCUGGAUCAGCCUACCAUGAGGGACUCUGUCGAAAGCUUUACUGAAGUCAACGUGGACAACACCCACAGCCCUACCCUCAUCAAUCACCUUCAUCACCUCCUCAAAAAUCUCAAUCAAGAUUGUAGGACAUGACCUUCCCUGCACAAAAUCAUCCUUUGAUUUAACUUAAUCUUUGAUUUGUCAGCUACAGAAGAAUCACUUUUCCUUUCGGGGUUUUGUGCCUUAUAAACAUUUUUCUUCUGCAGCUUACGCAUCACCGCUUUAAGUACAGGCCAUUGUCCGGCCUCCAUCAUUCACUUCAAUGUGCGUUCCCAUCAAACACAGCCAACUUUCUCUCAUACUUUCAGCUGUUUGGAUUUAAGGCUCUACUUUCACAUUAACCCACAUUACUGUUAAACUCAAGGUAAAAUUAGCACUGUUAAUUUUAAUUCCAAUUAAGAUUCCUAAAAAUCCUCUUGACAACAAGGUCAUUGAUCAAUCCUUUCUCAUAGAACAUUACAGCACAGGAACAGGCCCUUCAGCCCACAGUUAUGUGUUGAAAAAGUUCUGGUAAUUAGAAGUCUACUAAAUGAGUCCCCUCUGUCCACACAAUGUUCAUAUCCCUCCAUUCUCUGAACAUCCAUGUGGCUAGGAGCCUCUUAAACGCCUCUAUCUGCCUCCACCACCACCCCUAGCAGCACAUUCCAGGUACCCACCACUCUAUGUGUAAAAAAAAACUUUCCCCGCACAUCUCCUUCCACCUUACUCCCUCUCACCUCAAAUGCAUGUCCUCUCAAGUAUUAGACAUUUCGACCCUAGGCAAAGAUACCAGAUGUCUAUCUAUGCCCCUCAUAAUUUUCUAUCAGGUCUCCCCUCAGCCUCCGCUGCUCCAGAGAAAACAACCUAAGUUUGUCCAACCUCUCCUUAUAGCUCGUGCCGUCUAAUCCAUGCAGCAUCCUGUGAACCGCUUUCUGCACCCUCUCUACAGCUUCCACAUCCUUCCUGUAAUAGGGCAACCAGAAUUGAGCGCAAUAGUCUAGAUGCAGCCUAACCAGAGUUUUGUAAACCUGCAACAUAACUUCCUGAACUUCUCAUUGCAUAAAUAUGCAAAAUAGCCAUUUCCCUAGUUCAUUCAUCAACAGUUUGAUCCAGGAGUGCAUCUCAUAUACAUUCCAUGCAUUUAUCCUUCUCAUUACAGUAAUUUUGAUUCACCUGCCUUGAUAUGUAGGUUAAAGUCUCCCAUCAUCAUGGCAUUGCCCAUCACAUGCACCUCAGAAUAGCAACCAUUAACUAGUGCAGUGCCAGGCCCUCCACCCUUAUGAUCUAUGUUGAAGACAUAGAAUGAAGGGAUUGAAUGUACUGAAGCCAAAUUUGCUGAUGAUACAAAGCUAGGUGGGUUAGCAAGGUGUAUCAAGGAUACAAGAACCUGAAAAGGUAUAUAGAUGGGUUAAGUGAAUGGGCAAGGAAUUGACAGAUGGAGUAGUGUGGGAAAAUGUGAGGUUGUCCAUAUUGGAAGAAAGAAUAAUAAAAACAAAUCAUUAUUGAAAUAUGAUGAAACACAAAAUGUGGGCAUGCAGCUGCAGCAAAGAAUUAGGAAGGCAAAGGAAAUACUGGUGUUUAUUGCAAGGGAUAUGAUUAUAAAACCAGCAACGUUUCUGAUGCAGCUUUAAAGGGCACUGAUGAGACUACACCUAGAGCACAGUGGAUGGUUUUGGUCUCCUGUUUUAAGGAAGGUUCACUCAGUCAGCUCCUGGGAUGCAGGAGUUGAAGAAAAAUUGGGUGAUUGGAGCAACAGGAGAGAAAAACAAGAGGGGAUCUGAUUGAAACAUUUAAGAUCUGAGGAUCUAUGGAUGCUGAGGGGAUGUUGCCACUUAAUAAGGAAUCACACAUUUCAGAUGGAGGUGUAGAGGAAUUUCUUUCUUCAGAAGGUUGUGACUUGUUAGGAUUCCCAGUCCAGUUGUGGGAGGCAGUCACUAGAUAUCUUCAAGGUUGAAGUGUGCAGACGCUCAUAUUUCAGGGAAUUGAGGGGUAUGGGAAGCGAGCAGAGUGGGGCUGAUUUGCCUCCUCCUACUCUGGUCUUUAUGUUCUUAUAUACUUGUACUUGGCAAAAGGCAAAUGUGCUCAAGUUAACCUGUUGCUGCUUGAGAAACUGUGACCAUUCCAGAUGCCAAUGGGGAAAUAAAAUUAGUCAACCAGGCAGUGGGCUGUUUGUCAUUUCUAACGGCUUUUUCUGAUGUCCCUGCCUGUGACAAACCCACAGAAUGAAGGCACACUGGGGC